AUGAGCUAUGGUGGUGGCUUUGUUUCAGUCUUUGGCUAUGGCUUCUUGAACUCCACUGGUCUCAACUGCUCCUUCGAAUGGAUUGGCUCUCCUUCCGUGGUCUUCGUUUCUUCCACGCAGAUCAUGUGCGAGGUUCCGAACAUGCUGGCAGCAAGGUCCAGCAAGGCACUGGGGUAUGCAACACUACGCGUGACCUUGAACAACCGUGAUUGGUCGCGCACCAGCUUGUCUUUCCGAUUCUUGGGUGAGUGCCCCAUUGGCCACUACUGCCAGCACAGGGCCUUCAAUGAGUACACCUUCCGGCUGUUGCCUUGCCCUGCUGGACACUUCUGUGAGAGUGCCGGGAUGAGUGUGCCGACCCCAUGUCCACCAGGCAGCUUCAUGCCCUACAGACGUCAGGUUCAGUGCCAGCUGUGCCCUAUCGGCUUCUGGUGCCCGCGGUCUCGUAUGUUCCAGCCCAUUGGCUGUCGAAGAGGAUGGGUCUGCGACGAGCCAGGAUUGGUGGUGCCCUACAAGCGGUGCCCUGCCGGCUUCUACUGUGAAGAGGGCGUCGCGACGCGGCUCUCGCGCAGCACGCUGUACCUGGACCGUCGCAAGCCGAAACCUUGUCCGCCGGGGCUUCACUGCUUCGAGGGAGCCCAAGCUCCGAAUCCCAAGCCUUCGAACUACUCCACGCCUCAGCCAUGCUUUCAAGGCCCGGUGCCUUUGUCGUGGGGGCUCUGA